AUGCAGACUGGUGAUAAUAAUAAACAGGCCCCCGCAAGAACAUCAGACGAGAUUACUGAAGGAAGUUUAUGGCGUAGUGAGGCACUUCAUGACUCUCUAGAAAGUACUAGCCAUGAGGUCCGCAACUAUUUUGACGUGGUCAAAGUGUUAUCAGAAGUAGAGCUUCCUUCUCCAUCACCUGUGGAAGCAACAUCAUGUACUUUAAUUACCAGAGAAGAUUAUUUCAACAGCUUCCAUCAGGGCCAGUCUAGUGGCACAAAGAACAAGGCUGAUGAUAUUGAAAGGCGCAGGAAUAAAAUAAGUGAAAGAAUAAGAACACUCCAGACACUUGUUCCCAACUGCAACAAGAGACACAAAGCAGGUAUUCUAGGUGAUGCCAUUGAGUAUAUCAAAUUUCUGCAAAUGCAAGUCCAGAUGGUGCAAUCUAUGGGAAGUCAUAUGUCACAAGGUCUUUACAUGACAAUGGCAAGACAACCAAGUUUUCAAGUACCAAAUCUUGCUGAUCCCAACUUUACAAUUAACCCAUUAAUUGGUAUGCAACAUGGAAUGCCACAAUUUGGAUCUUAUUUUCCGGUAAACUACCCUAUAUUUCCAACUUCCUUCUCUGGAUUCCGACCAUUGUUGCCACCAAAUGACGUGCACACACGAUCAUUCCCGUGGGGCCAACCAAGACCUGUUCUAUAUCCUCAACAGCUACAGUUUCCAUCACAGACAUCUCAGUCUGUGUAUUCUACUACACCUUCAGGCACAAUUAUUCCAACAAUCUCCUCCCAACAAGGUGGAUCCUCUAUCUCUGGUCAACCUUUAUAUCAUUUGCCAAUGACAAAUCAGGGGACAGAGUAG